AUGGGGAAGAAGAACAAGGACGACUUGACUGUCUUGUCAACAACGCUGGAGGAGGCAAGUAAUUUAAUCAACUAUGCUCUCCUCCCCUACUUCCCCCUAUUUUGGAUCGCGCUUAUGGACGGUGGUUUGACCUUUGCUGAGCCCAAGGCCGUUCGUUACAACAUGCCCGUCGCCGACAUCUCCGUGCCCGAGGCCAAGGCGCUGUUCGAUCUCAACGUUUGGUCCUACAUCGCCGUCACACAGGCGUUCCUGCCUCUUCUUCUCCACGCAGCCAGAAAGGCAUCCUCGCCGAGCCUCAUCCUCAACAACACGUCCAUCUCGUCGAUUGAGCCGACGCCGCACAAUUCGGCCUACCACGCCAGCAAGGUCGCGGCGGCCAUGUUCUCCACACACAUGCGCAUCGAACUCCAGCCGUUCAACGUCCACGUGAUCGAUCUGAAGACCGGGUGUGUGCAUUCCAAGUUCCACGCGAAUCACCAGGACGGCGAGGCGAGUCUGCCCGAGGGGAGUAUCUACGCGGUCGACGAGAAGGUCAAGGAGAUGACCGAGGCGGCCAUGAGGGGAGCCUUCCCGGACAGAGAGCAUCCCGAAGUCUGGGCCAAGAACGUCGUCGCAGACAUCAUGACAAGUUGGGAGAAGAAAGGAUGGCUAGGCGGAAGUGCGUUGCCCUUGGAAAUUUGGCGCGGGACCGGAGCGUGGAGGACGUGGUUCUACAACUGCACAUUCUGGCCCGUGGGCUGGUGGGAUGAGUGGUGGAGGAAGGCCGUCGGGUUGGACUUGUUGAGAGAGAGGCUUCGAGGGGUGUACGGUGCGUAG